UUCAACUCUACCCUUACAAACAGCUUCUUUAACUCUCCUCAACUGUUUCAUUCUGUCCACCGAUAGUAUUUGGGACAGACUGCAAAUUAGGAACGAAAUAGAAAAUCUCGGCUUGAUUGGAAUUCUCCAAGAUCUUCGGAACGUUCAUCUGCAGUCAAACUACGGCGAUGAUUCGAGAAAUAGCGAGAUAACCACUCAAAGAGACGAACUUCUGAUGCAAAUCUCAGUGUACGAAGAUCACUCAACACAGGAUGCUGUUUUCGUCCAACAGACAUUCGAUUUUGAUGUCAAUGACCAGCAGAUGCUUUUAAAAGAGAUCAACAAAGCAUUAUCUACAGAAGAUUCGACGGGCUUUUCCAACAUGAAGUUUCUUCACAUUUUGCAGAAUGUGUUUCAAACACAGAACACUAGAUCGAAAAAGGUCAGCCGAGGUCAAGCCAAAACAUCGAAGAACAAUUUGUUGGACGAAAUGGAACUCGUGUCCAAACGCACUGCAAUACUGAGCAAUGGAGUUGAUGACUCAUUGCCUUCACAUCCUAUGCCUUCCGGUGGUUUAAUUUAUACCACAUCCUGUCAGCAGCUGAAAAUAGACAAAAACUGGGAGGAUAAGCAGCCCGAACUGAACAAAUCAGUGCUGGAUUCGAACUUGAGCAUAGCCACUAGUUGCUGCAGCUGCAAAUGCCACAUUCCAAGUUCAAAAAGUGCGCCUCAUCUUGCCGAUAUUUUAACACGGGCCGACAAGAAAAACAAAAACGAGACCGAUUUUUCAGAAAUACAAAAUAGUGAAAAUUCGGAGCCAUCACAAUUGCACACGGAAGACAAUUUGGACCCAAACAUAGAGCAAUCUGCAACAAGCAACCCUAAUGUUGAGCCACCUUCAAGUUUAUCGGCCUUACUGCAACAUCAAGCUGCAAAUUAUGCUUCGGAACUCAAUUCUGAAAACCUGAUCAAUGACUGCUCUGAGAACGUUAAGUUGCCAAGUUGGCCGAGGCCAGGCUCAAAAAUGCGAUCAGUCAAUUGGCAGAAACUUCCACCUCAAGCAAUUCUGGGAAAAGAGAAGAAUUUAUGGAAACAAGUUUUGACACAACUAUCGGAAAGUGGAGAAAGUAGCCUAGAUUUCAACACAGUCGAAGAGUACUUCAAGCAGAAACAGGACACCUCUGAUGUCCCUGCGGGGUUAAACGGGGAAUCAGACCAGAAUGACUCAUCUAUGGGCCCCGGAGGCACUGAGCAGCAGAACAGCAGCUUUGCUAGUCCGGUGAGAAUACUGGAUGAGAGGAAGGCACUCAGUGUCAACGUUUUCAUCAAACAGUUUAGAUGUUCGCACGGGGAAGUGUUAGGCAAGAUCAGACGUGCAGAUGGUGGCAGUAUAGGAGCAGAGCGCCUGAGACAGCUCAUCAAACUACUUCCCACCACCAAAGAGCUGGAGCUGCUGCGCAGUUACAGUGGAGACAAGAAUAAACUGGACGACGCGGAGAAGUUCCUCAAACUCCUAGUCAGUCUGCCACACUAUGACCUGAGACUGGAGAGUAUGCUGAUCAAGGAGUCCUAUGACGAGAAGUGUUCCACUAUCCAGUCUGCAAUCGAUGCCCUCAAACUGGCUUCCCAAGAGGUGAUUGACAACAGGCCGCUGUGUGACCUCCUCUCAGUCAUUCUCAUCGUUGGCAACUUCCUCAACCAGGGCGGGUAUGCUGGCAACGCCCUUGGGGUUAAACUGGAAAGUCUGACACAAGUUCUGGACAGCAAAACAAACCACUACAGCAGGAAACUCAGACAUGUUGUGGCGGAGGAAGCCCUGAGGCGUAAUGGUCAAAUAAACAACUUGCGGUCAACCAUGCCUUCGGUCUUCAAAGCAGCCAGAGAGAGUCUGGAAAACAUAUCGGAAGAGGUGGCUAGUAUUUCAGAGAAGACAAUCUCUGUGCUGGACAGGAUAUCAAUGUCCACUUCAUUUGUGAAGGAACAGUUCAGUGCCAGUUUACAGGAAAUGAAGCGCACUUGUGAUAUGUGGCUCGGGGAGAUAGAGGAGUUGCGGAUGAGAGAGAGGGAGGUGCUGGACUAUUUCUGCGAGGGGGGAGGGGUUGGGGGCACAGCUUCCAGACUGGAACACAUUCUGGUCAACAUCGACUCCAUCAUAGACAAAAUCGAAACAUCAAUCAAGGAAAACGAGCUUCUGCAAUUGCGUGAACAACAGAAACGUGAGCGGGAAGUGAACAAGCAGAAGUGCUACUCGGCCAGCUACAGUAUGCUAGAGUCUGACACUCCGAGCAGCUCCUCGUGUUCCGACUUGAACAACGACAGACUGAGCAUGACUAAUGCGGAGCUACAAAGUGCUCUUAUGAAACAGAAGACUGAACUACAAAAGACCAGUGGGGGAUCCUCAGGCAGGAGAAGAUAUCACCACAAUCAUCAUCACCACCGCCACCAUCAUGCGCAACAGCAGCAGAUCAAACACUCCUCUACGUUCUCACAUUUCCCACCAGCCGACAGAAGUACCUUCUCCUCUGAGGACGCCAGCUGCGAGUUAAGCAUCUCCUCAAAAUUGCCCCCCCCCGCCCUUUGCAAUGGAGAUGUGAAUCGGAGUCCAAAUGGAGAUAUGUACAACGUGCUACUCAAGGAAACGCCACACAGACCUGGAAGUCACCCGAAACACCCACACAGCUCAUCCGCCGCUCUAAGCGAAAUCAAAAAUGCCCGAAAAGAACAAAUUCGACGAAACCGCGAGAGGCGAAAACGAGAAAUACAAAUACUCACGCAAGCUGCAUUGAAACAGCUAACAACUGAAAAAGAAGACGAAGCCUUUCUAGGCUUUGCAAACCACAAUAUCGACACAGAUAAUAACAUUGAACUUGGCGAAGUAAGUUCGGAACAAAUAUUUCAACAAGGUAGUAGUCGAUUUGAAACAUCUCCUGAGAAAAGUAGUCUUUACCCUUCAGAUAACACAAGAAAGGACACGUACGCGAUUGGUAACCCUUCAUUAAGAGAAGUUUCGAGUGCACCUGAAGGUGAAAAAUCGAAUAUCAAACCGGAGUCAUCAGCACAAUGCGCAUCAGCGCCGGAAAGCUCAGCCAACGAUCAAAGUCUGAACCCCCCACUGCAGAGUUUCUCAGUAAGAAACUACAAGUCGCAGCAUUCAGUUGAAGAAAUUCAGUUGGCCACAAAAACUAUGAUUUCCGAUCAAACUCCGAAGUCAGCAGUGCAAGAUAGUACUAGCAAACUAAAUACGAAAAACUCCGAACACGACAGUAAAAUUGAAGACAGUUCGUGUACUUCUUCCGACUUUCAGAGCGAAGAGGAUUCGUCUGAAUUAAGCUCAGACGAGGCAACGAUCAUUGAAAACUCAGGGCCAGCAAAAGUAGAUGUGGCUAAAAAAAAGAAGCUUGCCAAACUUUAA